CUAAAUGUGUUUAUUGCCUAACAAACAGACCCCAAAACGCAGCCGACAACACAAGUAAUUCCUUCUCUCUCACAGGAAUCUGAGGUUUCAGCAAUGGACUCUCUCUCAGCAUCAAACGGUAGCUUUACUCUUGACCUUUUCAAAAAGCUGAAUGAAUCUUUUAAAGGCAAAAACAUUUUCUUUUCCCCUUGGAGUAUUUCAUCUGCUCUGGCCAUGACUUAUGUGGGGGCAAAAGGUAACACUGCAACGCAGAUGGCUGAGGUGCUUCAUUUUAAGAAAACUACAGGAACCGGAGGCUGUUUGCAGGUGACAAGAACUUCUCGUGGGAGGCCAAAGAAAAGGAAGAUGGAAUCUGAGGACUGCAAAGCUGAAGACAUUCAUUCUGAGUUCCAGGCAUUAAUCUCUUUAAUCAACAAACCCCAAACUUCUUAUUUGCUUAAAACUGCCAACAGACUGUAUGAGGAACAGACCUUCCAAUUCCAUAGUGGAUACGUAGAAUUCGUUAAAAACUAUUACCAUGCAGAGCCCCAAGCAGUUAACUUUAAAAAAGCUGCAGAACAAGUCAGAAAAGAAAUCAAUUCCUGGGUUGAAAGCCAAACUGAGGGGAAAAUCCAGAACCUGCUGCCUAGAGGUUCUGUUGAUCCCAACACCGCACUGGUCCUGGUUAAUGCCAUUUACUUCAAAGGAAAAUGGGAAAAGAGAUUUCUGAAUGAAAACACAUCUGAGAAUCUCUUCAGAUUGAGCAAGACCAAGACUAAACCGGUGCAGAUGAUGUUUCUAAAAGAUACAUUUCCAAUAUGCUACUUGGAAACAAUGAAGGUCAAAAUUGCUGAGCUUCCAUACGUUAAUAAUGACCUUAGCAUGCUCAUCCUAUUACCAGAUGACAUUGAGGAUAAAUCUACUGGUCUGGAACAGCUAGAGAGGGAAUUGACCUAUGAGAAGUUAUCGAAGUGGACCAGCCCAGAAAUGAUGAAGACAACUGAAGUGGAGUUGUUUCUGCCCAGGAUCAAGCUGGAAGAGAGCUAUAACCUCAAGUCCACUUUGAGCAAUAUGGGGAUGAAAGAUGCCUUCAGUCAGAGCCAAGCUGACUUCAAAGGGAUGUCUGAGCAUAAUGAUCUGUUUUUGUCACAAGUUUUUCACAAAUCCUUUGUUGAGGUCAAUGAAGAGGGCACUGAGGCUGCAGCUGCCAGUGCAGUCGUUGUAGUAGUGAGAUCAUCUUUAAAUCACGUAAGAUUUAAGGCAGAUCACUCUUUCCUCUUCUUUAUCAGACACAAUAAAACCAACAGCAUCCUCUUCUUUGGCAGAUUCUGCUCCCCCUAGAAUGUAUUACUCUCUGCUACCAAAUAACAUCAUUUGCUCACCGUGCAACUAGGAAAUACAAAUUGAAACCUGAAAUUCAAAGCUUAGGUCUAGUUCUUGCUUUUAGUUAGAGCCCUGAGCAUAAGCUGCCUCCGUCAGGAGUAGCCUCAGAAGUAAUUGUGCCUCAGAGACACACACUGAGGCACAUUUUCUCCUGUGCUCCUCUGCUGUACUGAGCAGACAGUAAUCUACUGCAGCCCCUUACAGAGUGCAGCAUACUAUCCACUGCACUGAGACUGCUCUCCUGGCUAGUGUUAUGGGGGCCAGAGUCAUGGCUCUGUAGCCUCUGUCCCUCCCCACUCAUUUGUUCACAGGACAGGAGAAUACAUCUCAGCGUUCAUGCCAUGACCGCAUCACCAUACCUGCAGACAAGAUGGGGGCAGGUCUAAAGCAGUCAUGCAGAAUGAUUUGGGGGAGGAGGAGCUCUUAAUCUCUGCUACUGUCGCCCAUGGACACAUUAGACCCAGUCACAGUCAAGUGCUUAAUAAUUAAGUCUCUUCUUCGCACGUAUUGCAGGUCUGUAUACAAAGGGUAACAGAAAACACAUUAAAGUUCUGUUUGCAAAUCCCAGGCAUAACAAUGCCAGUUAAUGAUAGCGAUUCAGCAUUAACUCUGAAUUUCAUAAUAUUUGCCUUGAGUUUAUUUAUGAAGUUUUUCCCACCCAAAAUAUAUUUUCUUUUGUUCUUUAAGAGUGUUAAAAUAGAAAUUUAACCUCAUCACAUACUGACCACAACAUUCUAUUUGGAACUAUGCCAUUCUGUCUAAAUGACAGAUGCUCGAUCAUUUAGAAGUCAGUCUGCUGGACAUACAUUGUACAUUCAUAAGUGCUAAAAGAGUUCUUCAAUCAGUAACAACACUGCUCAUAGAAGCAUAGGAAAAUCAACAUUAGGCCAAAUCCUCCACCCAUUGAUUUCAUUAGGAGUGUGAUUUGGCUGACUAAAGUGUUAUCACAUAGACCGUAACGAGUUUGUUAGAGAUUUUAUUGUCUGACGUGUAAUAAACUUGGAAGUGUACAAACACAUUACAUAUCUUUAGUUUAAAUUUUCACUUUGAAAAUUAACAUUUUGGAAAUUAUUGUAAUUUCAUAAAAUCUAAGGCAAAAGCAUGUGAAAUUCAGUGCUCCCUAGAGGCUCUUUAAACUAAACAUUUAUAUUUACUAAGACCAUCCUUUACCUCCCUAAGGGCCCAAUUCAGUUUUUACUGAUGUUAGAGGAAGGACUCUGGAUGAGGCACUAAACAUUCUGCCAAUGCUCUCUGACAAUGUUGGCACAGAGUCAGUGAACUGGCCUAGCCUCCCCAGCCAGUGAACUUGUCAUCUUUGUCCAUUUCAUGACCUGCUGCUGUUUCUAGAGGGCUAUGCAGGUGUGUCAUGUUGCUCAUACUAAUGUUUGUUCCCGUGCCUGACUUUUUUAAAAUAUUUGUAAAUUAGAUUGUCUAACAAUUCUGAUGGGCACAACUGAUAUGAAAACUUUCACCAGCAUGCCUCCUGUCUGUCUAUAUGUCCAUGAGCAUUAUAAUCUAAAACCUGCAGCAUUCAAACAACAGUCAUGUGUUGUUAAUGUAAUUACUGGUUGUAAUUUGCACCCAUUCCUAGAUACCUGUAUCACUAAUAAAGUAGAAAAAAUAGACUUUCAUUUCAAGAAUGCAGUUUAGCAAAGAUAUUCCUGUUAUUUACCCAAAUUCCAAUGUGCUUUUAGCUGAUAUUUUACUCCAUAACUCUAGUAUGUGACUUGCACUUAAAGCAAUAAAAAAACACAGUGAUUAUGUUUCUAUAAUUCAAAUUGGUGAUUUAGUUGAUUAUAGAUAGUGGGGGGUUUGCAGAGCAGGGGAGUUGUCAAUACUGUUUUGUUAUGCUAUGAUAGUCUAAGCACUCUUAAUAUUUACAGUAUGUUUUCAUUGUUACCAUUCCAAAAUGAUCGUCAUUUAACUAGGGUUGAUUAUGCCCAGUGCUUAAUUUGUAAUGAAAGAGGUGCCAGGGCUCAACAAUUUUUUUUUUUUUUACAUACAUAACAGAUUCAGCAAGCCCAGAGGUGCCGGAGCUGUGAACUGCCAAGCCUAGAGGUGCCGGGGCUCAGCCCUGGAAAAAUCUGGCACAAAUUAAGCACUGAUUACGCUCAGCUGAGAUUUUUAAAAAUACCAUUUUCUUUGUCUGCAUUAGGCUGCAAAAUGGUGUUUAAAAUCAUGUUAUUUAAAAUGUUAGCUAAUACAUUUGGUAAACACAUCUCCUUUUCCGAGUCUAGACAAGGCCUUAGUAACUUGCUUCUAUGAAUCUGCCGGGAGCAGCAUGUAUGAAAUUUAACCCUAACAGAACAACUCAAACCAGCAAAGAAGGCAGUGUGUGCAAACUUCACUGAACAUAACUAGCUCACUAAUACAAAGAAAAAAAGUAAGUAUUUCUCUAUAUGAACCCAAAUACAUAUAUAUAUAAAUACAGAUUCAGACAACAAACCAAAUUCAUGGCAUGUACACUGAAGCCAGUGAAUUUGAAUUCUAUUACUGCAGGCCUUAGUUUGGCCCAGAUUAGAUGCUGAAAUUUGUUUGUUUUGUGACAACUGCUUGUGACACCACUGGACCCGAGUUUUAUUUGUUCAGCUGCUUAACAAAUCUGUUUUCACAGUACACCUGUACUAGAGACACAGAUGCUGACCAGAACUAUUUGUCUAAGCCAGCAGGGAGUAUGCUACCUGAAAGAAAUACUGUAAAACUGAUUAUACCAAAACAAAAAUUAAUAAAUCUUACUUUUCUAGACGAGUGUACACAUCCACAUAAAAUAUCACAAUGAACCAGUUGUGCUCCUCCCUUGCAAGUGAAAAAUACUCUCUAUGUACAAGUAUCGGGGGUAGCCGUGUUAGUCUGUAUCCACAAAAACAAGGCGUCCCGUGGCACCUUAAAGAGUAACAGAUUUAUUUGGGCAUAAGCUUUCGUGGGUAAAAAAUCUCAGCUGAAGAAGUGAAGUUUUAGAAGUGAGGUAUUUUACCCACGAAAGCUUAUGCCCAAAUAAAUCUGUUAGUCUUUAAGAUGCCACCAGACGCCUUGUGGUUCUCUAUGUACAGUUUACACAAUAUACAUUUGCAGCCAAACCCACCUGACUACAUUCCCCUUUCCGCUCCUGUCUAUACAAACGAAAAUAGAUUUUCUUUUCCACGCGCAUCACUGUCCUUCGGUUUUAAGGCGUAAUUAAUUAUUAUCAUUAUUAUUAUGCAUUAGAUCUUUUGUUCUGGUAGGGAAAAAAAGUGACGGGGGGGGUCACCGAAUUUACAGCACAGCCUAGAGGUCCCUAUCAAGCCCCUCUCCCCGCCUGAAUCGUUCCAGCACGUCUCUCCUCCAUCCAGAUCUCUGUUCACCCCUCUCCUCCGGCAGCGCUAGUGGGGGCUUGGAAAUUGGGGCCACGUUUAAACUUAUUAGGCAAAAGGCAGAGAAAGGGCACCAAGGUUCUCUCAGCACGAGCAAUGAGCGUGUGCACACGCUCGGUAGUAGGGCAGCCUCGGGCAACGCGAUUGCAAGCUUUUCGUGGGCUUUAGCCCACGAAAGCUUAUGCUCUAAUAAAUUUGUUAGUCUCUAAGGUGCCACAAGUACUCCUGUUCUUUUUGCGAUUGCAAGUAACUCUGCCGGAUAA